AUGUGGACAGCCAAAUGGCUCAUGGUUAACAAGGGUGUUAUGUGGACAGCCAAAUGGCUCUUGGUUAACAAGGGUGUUAUGUGGACAGCCAAAUGGCUCUUGGUUAACAAGGGUGUUAUGUGGACAGCCAAAUGGCCCAUGGUUAACAAGGGUGUUAUGUGGACAGCCAAAUGGCCCAUGGUUAACAAGGGUGUUAUGUGGACAGCCAAAUGGCCCAUGGUUAACAAGGGUGUUAUGUGGACAGCCAAAUGGCCCAUGGUUAACAAGGGUGUUAUGUGGACAGCCAAAUGGCCCAUGGUUAACAAGGGUGUUAUGUGGACAGCCAAAUGGCCCAUGGUUAACAAGGGUGUUAUGUGGACAGCCAAAUGGCCCAUGGUUAACAAGGGUGUUAUGUGGACAGCCAAAUGGCCCAUGGUUAACAAGGGUGUUACGGUUAGGGUCACUUUUUACUUUCCCCAGCUAUUGUAA